UCUGACAAGUGACACAUAUUAUCGUUUACAAUGUAUAGCAAAAAAAAAGAUAACACAGAGGAUUUGAAACACAGUUUUUAACAUUUUUUGUUUAUUAGUUGGAACUUGUUAUCUUUAUGAUUAUUAUUGUUAUCAGUGAUUGUUUUAAAUUAAAACUUUUGUGUUUAUAAACCUUUAAAACACAAUACACUUCCUAACCUGCAAGUUAUAAGUAUACUCAGUGUUGUUCUAAAAUGAUUGUUUCAAAGCGACUUCUAGUACUAUACGGCAGCCAGACUUUUACGGGGCAAGAAAUAGCUGAAAGAAUAUGGCGAAUGACGAAAGCUUUAGGUUUUCGCGGGCCUGUUUUGGCAAUGGAUGACUAUCCCAUAUCACAGCUUAUUCAUGAAGAAUACGUGAUUUUUGUGUGUUCUACAACGGGCAGAGGUGUCGAGCCGGAUAACAUGGGCCAUUUCUGGAAGUUUCUGUUGAGAGCCAACCUCCCUUCUAACUCGCUGGUGAAGCUGAAAUAUGGUGUGCUGGGCUUGGGCGACUCGUCAUAUGCUCAGUUCAAUUUCGCGGGGAAAAAACUACACAGAAGGCUAAAGCAAUUGGGAGCCACACCUUUACUUGAUAUUGGUCUUUGCGAUUACCAACACGACUUAGGCCACGAUGGAGUCAUGUCACCAUGGGUCAAGGAAUUCUUCAAUAUUCUCAAGCGGUAUUUCCCGGAACUAGAUCUUAACAUUAACUCAGACUUUGUGCCGAGAUGGAAAGUAUCAUUGUUGAGGGAUGUAGAACCAGAAAAAAAGAUUAGUGAUUAUCCGGAUAUUUAUUUUGCAAAGGGAAAUGAGUCUGUGGUUAAAGCUGUGCCAUUGAAGAUAACAUCUAAUGAAAGGACAACGGAUACAUCACAUUUCCAGGAUGUAAGGUUAAUAAAAUUAAGAUCGGAUGCAGCAGAUAUGAAUUACAAACCGGGAGACGUAUUCAACAUAAGGCCACGUAACUCUAAAGAGGAUAUUGACGACCUCUUUGGCAUAUUUGAAACACACAAACUCGAUAUAUUACCUCAUCACAGACUUUUGGUAGAAGAAUACCAUGAUGACAUGCCAGUGCCAGAUUACCUCAAACCUCCGCUCACGCUCUACGAAAUAGCGGAACAGUACUGGGACCUGCGCUGCUAUCCUUCCCAGUAUGUGUUCUCGCUGUUAGCAAUAGUCUCUGAGGAUAAGCUUGAGAAGGAGAAAUGCUUGGAGCUUAGCUCCCCUGAGGGACAGGAGGAGUGGCUGAAUUAUUGUAGGAGGCCGAAAAGGACUGCGUUGGAAGUACUACACGAUUUCCACAAAUCCGCAUCAAAACUGACCAUAGAGAUCCUGUUCGAACUAUUCCCGACUAUAAAGCCGCGCUCGUUUUCCAUCGCGAGCAGUGCUUUACCCAGUAAUGGACACGACAUUGACUUGCUAGUGGCGGUGGUGGAGUACAGAACUAAGCUGAAGAAGCCACGUCUAGGACUAGCUUCAAAUUGGCUAAAGGAUUUGAAGAUAGGCAGCCUUGUUUAUGGUUGGAUCAAGCCUGGCACAUUCAUGUUUCCUGGAAAUGACACUCCAUACAUCAUGGUAGGUCCAGGGACUGGCCUAGCCCCAUUCCGCAGUGUCCUGCAGGAGCGCAUCACCUUGGACCAGGCGACCAGUGACUCCAUGCACUUGUUCUUUGGCUGUCGGUACCACGACAAGGACUUCCACUGCAAAGAAGAACUGGAAGGCAUGGUCGACACUGGGAAAUUGUCGCUGUAUACCGCCUUCUCCAGAGAUCAAGAUAACAAAGUAUACGUCCAACAUAGAAUCAAGGAACACGCGGAGGAGUUAUGGCGCAUACUGAACUCUGAGAACGGGUAUAUAUUCCUGUCUGGUUCGUCGAAGUCGAUGCCGGACAACGUACGGGACGCUUUCAUAGAGGAAGUGUUGUGCAAACAUGGCGGCCUCAGCUUGGACGAGGCGAAGCAACGGAUGAAGGAGUUAGAAAAUAAACGACGAUACCAGACCGAGACUUGGUAACUUGUGACUACGGUUUACUGAUAAACAUUAUCAAAAAAGGUUUUUCACUAAUGUUAAAAUAAAAUCCAUAACAAUUGUCAAAAAAAAAAAAUACAAAGUAGCAAUAACCGACUAGUAUAAUAGCAAAUAACUUGAUCGCAGUACUGCGUGGUGGAGGAUUUUUGUUGUACUUAGAUGUAGGCCCACUAUCGUAUGAAGCAGUUUCAAAUUCUUUGCCGGGUAUCAGUCUGUAGUCUUGCUGUGAAUUGUCUAUAAGACGAUUUCAAUAAACAAUCCGUAACUACGGGUAAAUAGUAAAAUAAACCAGAAAUAAAUAAGCGUAUGAAACAUAAUUUAUUAAACGAUCCUAAUCAUAAUCUUCGAAUCGAUCCCGAGAAUAAACCAAUUAAAAACGUCAUUUGUAAGCAUUUUAAAACAACUUUGUUCCGAUUGGUCCAUUUUCGCGGUAAAUUGAAAAUAGCUAAUGGGAUCGUUAAUGGGAAACGGCGGGUAAAUGUAAAAGUAAUUUCCAUAAUAAUGGAUAUUGAUUCGAAUAGUCGAAUCUCUAGAUAAAUAAUGUUAUAAUAAUUUUAUUAGUUACGGCUAGUUUAAUGGUUAACUAAUGGGUUAGAUAUAUUUUUAAAGUUUGCUUAUAAUUUUAAUGUUUAGUUUUUAAGGCAUUAUUAAAUGAUGGACAACGAGAA